CGAAAGCACCAUGAAUACCUUUCGUUCCCGCAUGCUUCGCGUGACACGGAAACUUCUGUUUUCGACACUGAACGAGUAUCCUUGCAAAAUGACGAAAGUCGUUCUCGAAAGCUCGCUCUUUCUUCGCAUCAAAUUCCUAAUUAAUUCCACUAUUUAACAAUUCCCAGUGAGCUCAUGACUUUUUCAUGAGCAAAUAAUUCCUCGCGUCCCGCGUUUUCAAUUAGCAGAAUUGAGCUCUCCAAUUGUGCAAAAAUACUCACUCGAUCGAACGACGAACUCGAAAACGAGACAUGCUUUCUCACAUUCGUUGCGGAUUAUCAUUUUCAAGUCAAUAAAAGUGAAGAAACAAAAUCGGAAAAGAAGAAUUUCACAAACUUUGUUAAAGUGUUUUUACACUUUAACAAUUUGAGUUAUUUGGAAACAAGUAACAAAGUUCGAUGGGAGUAUCGGCCUCUAUAAAACCAUCAUCUCAUUAGAUCUCGACGACGUGAAACUUCCGCUUCAUGCUCGGCGACGAAGUACCGAAGUUUUCAUCGCGCGUCGACUCGAGUGAAGUUCGCUGUCACGUUAAUUCGCUGAUGCGUGAAAGAUGCUCGGAAAAUCCUGUGAACUCACGACGCAACAUUGACAGAAUGCGAUGGCGCGGUAUCCACUCAUAUAAAUAUGGAUUAAACGUGCAUUUGUGUGUAUGAUUUACUCGUAUAGGAAUUACUUACGCCGCGUUAGAACGUGACGCACGGAGCUGUAUCGAAUUGCGAACGUGGAAGAAGAUAUUUUAGAGGCAAACUCCUUGUGUCACCAUUUCCGAGGGGCCCGAGGACUCUCCUCGCAAUAUAAAAUGACAACCCACGCAUAAAGAUAGUAAAACGUGAUGCCAGGUGAUGUAUGCAUUCAACGUGCGUACUCCGACGCUUGCCUUAGGUGCUGGGACCGAGAGACUCGACUUCAUGGUCGCACGUAUUUCGCGAAAAACUACCAUUCGCGCUACAUCCAAUAUAAAACCUACACAUCUCCUGUCUCUCCCCAUAAAAAACGCGGACGUAUCGAUGUCAUCAAUUUUUAAGGAUAUGAAAUUUAACAGAAAUGUUGCCACACUUUCUGUGAGUGUUCCAACUUCAUUCGUCCCAUUUGUUUUUCGGACAGUUCGGUAUCCGACUUCUCGGACGCUGAAGAGGACCACACAAAUGAGUUAGGCUCAAACACGGGGUUGAAAAAUUUCGCCAUGGACGCAGUGGACAGCGUCAGCCGGCGACAGGCGACUCGGGUCUUCAAGAAAUCCAGUCAAAAUGGUAAAAUCACGGUGUAUCUUGGAAAAAGGGAUUUCGUCGAUCACAUAACGCACGUCGAUCCGAUCGAUGGCGUGGUUCUCAUCGAUCCGGAUUAUGUGAAGGACAGAAAGGUAUUUGGUCAUGUUCUGGCGGCCUUCAGGUACGGCCGGGAAGACCUGGACGUUCUCGGCCUAACUUUUAGAAAGGACCUUUAUCUCGCUGCCGAGCAGAUCUACCCGGUCGUACCCGGGUCCCAGCCACCGAGAGAAUUGACCCGUCUGCAAGACAGGUUAGUCAAGAAACUCGGUAGCAACGCGUAUCCGUUCUACUUCGAACUUCCGCCGCACUGUCCGGCCUCGGUCACCCUACAACCGGCCCCUGGUGACACGGGCAAACCAUGCGGCGUAGAUUACGAACUCAAAGCGUUCGUAGGUGAAACGCAAGACGACAAACCUCACAAAAGAAAUUCCGUAAGAUUGGCGAUAAGAAAAAUAAUGUACGCACCCUCAAGACAGGGAGAACAACCCUCCGUUGAAGUGAGCAAGGAAUUCAUGAUGUCCCCGAGCAAACUUCAUCUGGAAGCCUCUCUCGACAAAGAGCUCUAUCAUCAUGGUGAAAAUAUCGCUGUUAACGUUCACAUAGCAAAUAACUCUAAUCGUACAGUGAAGAAGAUCAAAGUAUCAGUCAGACAAUUUGCUGACAUUUGUCUGUUCUCGACGGCACAGUACAAAUGCACAGUUGCCGAAGCCGAAAGCGAGGAGGGAUGCUCGGUGGGGCCAGGUUUCACGCUGAGCAAAGUCUUUUCAUUGACGCCGCUUCUCGCCAACAACAAAGAUAAAUGGGCCCUAGCCCUAGACGGCCAGCUCAAACACGAGGACACCAAUUUGGCGUCGAGCACGCUAGUGGCGGAUCCGUCGCAACGUGAAAAUCUUGGGAUCAUCGUCCAGUACAAAGUCAAAGUGAAACUUUGUCUCGGAGGCCUUGGAGGUGAUUUGACGGGUGAGUUGCCGUUUAUACUAAUGCAUCCGAAACCGGAAGAAGAAACGCCAGCACCGUCCACAGCGCGACCAAGCCCAACGCACAAAAUGGAAGACGGCGAAGGUCAAACCGACACGAACCUCAUACAAUUGGAUACGGAAGACGACGUUGGGGACGACGACAUUAUUUUCGAAGAUUUCGCAAGGUUGAGGCUGAAGGGGGAAACUGAUGCCUGACCGUUCAACCGGGAGAUCGUCAAUUGGAUAAAAAACACAAAAAACGUCCAUACCUUUUCCAAAUGCUGCUAUUUGAUCGAUUGAAACGUGUGCUUUCUUCUUGACACUUCUUUACCGCGACCAAAUAUGCCCUCGAACAUUCGCCCGAAUGAAGAGAGAACUAACUCAUUUUAUUUUCUCGUACAUUCUGUCGAAUUUUAAUUAUGUAUUAACUAUAAUUAAUGUUUCGUUAUUAUUAUCAUUAUAUCGAUAUUGUUUGUUUGUUUCGAAACUCUUCUGUUUCUUUUUCAACCUGAAGAGAGAGAGAGAGAGAGAGAGAGAGAGAGAAAGAGCCUGAAGUGUGUUCACCUUGAGAUGAAUCGAAUAAUCAGUAAAAAUCACUCGAUCGCAAGUCAUAUUUUCAAUAAUUAUUUCAAAAGAAAAAAAAUUGUAAAUAAUUAUAUGAGAGUAAUAAUCGCAAAAGUGUUCUCCGAUCGAUUGAAAAGAUUCAAACGAUGAUUUUGCGUGUAGCAUUUCGAAAUAACUGAUUUUUAUGGGCUAUUUGCAUACAAUUCGAUUUAAAUAAUCAAUGUGAAUAAACAUUUACAAUCGAAAAGUCAUAGAAAAGAGAAAAAAGAUAUUCGCCGGAAUGAUGUAAAAUUUAUUCCGACAAAAGCGAAAAAUUCAUACAUUUUGUUCCUUCGGAAUGAUCGGGCAUUAAAACUCUCAUCGAAAUAAUGUUUUUCUACGAUUAUACUCCGUUAUGCGUACCGAGGACGCAUCACAAACGGUUGCACAAACUAUUUUCUUCGAUCAAAGUAACUCUGGCAGUUGAAAAUCUAUGCAAAAACAAUCCCUACGUCUAAGAGCUUGUCGAUUUUUUAAAAAUUGUUUUUUUAUAUCAUUUUAUUCGUUAAAAUAAUGCUCGUACUUCACACGUGCUGGCACGAGUACGGUCAUAUUUCUAAAAGAAACAAAAAAAACCGUCGUCAUGCGCACACUGAAUCUUUUUAUAUACAAACGUACAUAAAAAGUCAUGAAAUCUAAAAAUUCAGGCAAACUGCCGACUUUGAAAAGAAAAAGAAACAUUUUCAAUUGCCUCUUUUGCCGAUAGAAGAACACAUUUUCGAACACGAAUUUACAAUACUUUUUGUUCCUUUUUUAACUAAUAAUUUUUUUUUCAUUCUUUCAUUCAACGAAGUCCAAACGAAUAACCCAAAAACGCCCAAUUUUCACGAUACAAACUACUCUCGACCGGCAUUUAAACGCGUCAAUGUGUAAAUACUCAAGUUUUUAGUAAUAUUUUUUAUCGCUUUAGCACUUAUUCUCGCACAGGAGAAUUAAAACAUAUACAACCAACAUAUGAAAAUGAAAAUCUCCCACCCACGCAACUGUAGAUGAACGCGCAAUGCCAAAGCAGACAGAAAAGAAAUUGUAUAAAAAAAAUUUCUUCACGAACUCAUUACCUGUAUUUAUGUUACGUGUGUUUUGUGAACAAAUUAUGAUAAAAAUAACAAAUGAAAUCUAUCAAAUUUGCGGAGUUGGCAAUUCUUGCGAAAUCGUUGCUUAGCAACGAGUUUUUAUUCAGUUUCGGAGGAAAAAACAAAAGGAUCGGACGGUGGGGGGGAUUACGAGGAUGUUUUUUACAUGCGUUUCUGGCUAGAAAACGUGAUCUCCAUCAGAAUUUCGGUAUUUAUCGUUUCUACAAAAUCUCAAAUGAAAUUGGUCCAUGUUUCGAAAUUUUUUCCAUUCGUCUAAACAUUUGACGAAAUUUCAUUCGAGAUAUUGAUAAUUUUCCAAUGACUAUUAGGUAUUUUUAAAAAAAAAAAACAUAAUUUUCAGCAUGUUCAAACACAUUUUCAAUGAUCGAUAAAUUUUUUAUUCUACUUUUCAAAAUUGUUCGGUUUUUUUCACAAUUUUCUCGGGGUUUAUUCUUUUAGUCUAUUACUUAAACACAAAAGUCGAUAAAAAAUCGCAUAUUUUAAAAAUGAAAUGGUGCCCAAUGAUGCAGCACCGAAAUUCAGAUCGAACGAUAUUUGUUUUUCUUGAAAAGUCACUGUAAAAAUGUUUGGAACUGUAAAUUCCGUACAUCGGGAGAAAAAAGUUGAGUUCCAUGGGAAAGGACUCAAGGCGUUUUUCAAGUUUGUACAGGCAAUAAAAACAAAGUGUGAAAAAAACGAAUGAUGAUGGAUGUGCAUAGAAAUGAUCGAAAAUCGGAUGACUAUUAGAAAGGAAACUGCGAAUAAUGAUGCACGAGAGAUUGGGAAUAAGAUAUUGUCCCUCGAUACACCUGAUGUACGAGAAUAAUUGUAAGACCGUCUUAUGAAUGUAAUCAAUGUUGAAAAACAAAAGAAAAAAUGAACACUGUCAACGCUGAAAAAACAAUAUCCCUUGUUUUCUUUUUGCAAAGGAAAAAAAAUUGAAUUGUUUGAAAAACACGAUUGAGGGAGUGCUCGGUAAUUUACAAAAAUUUUCAACGCGGGGGACGAUUCCUUUUCGUUUUUCUCUCGGAAGUCGAUUCGGUGGAAUAAGAUAUAAAAUUGGUGAACAAAGCGUUCGGAAUGUACAUAAUAAUAAUGGGGACAGGAAAAGUGAAGAGUAGAAUAUUUUCGAGUACGAAAAAACGCAGAUCGUCGAACUUUUAUAUUUUUAAAAUCGAAAUGCAUCGACGGGUGAGCAAAAGUUAUAUAAACAGCGAGAAAAAUGGAAUACGAAUGAAACGCCAAUGUAAAUUACGAAGGUUGAAGUGCUUGAGAGAGAGAGAGAGAAAGCAGAGUAUUAUCGAAACAAAGGAAUCAGUAUGACUGAAAUAAGAAAAAAAAAUUCUCUUCGACUUUUGUCGAAAACGAGAGAAAAAUAAUAAUUAAACAAAAUGAAACAAUUCAAUAAAAAAGAAAUUUUUAAAAUGGGCAAAACGAACAAUUAAAUGAAACUUUAACAACGAGAUUUAACGAUAUAAGAAUAAGAUUUAUCGAGCUCGAGCAUCCCGAUGAUUUGAAAUGUCCACGUCCACUGUACGAGACUUCAUGAAACGAUCAAAAGAACUUGUCGUAUAGGAUUCAAUAUGAGAACAAUAGAAAAAGUGUGUGAAUCAUUGCCGAAAAUGUCGAUAAACUCUUAUAUAUGUCGAACGCAUCGAAAAAUGCUUAAUUUAUUUAUCCGCGUGUGUAUGAACGAUCGAAAUAAUAAAAAAAAAAAAAAAAAAGUAAGAAGAAAGGUGGAGAGCGUGAAGUUGAUGAUGAUUUUUUUGCUAUUGCUGAAUGUUUCCGUUUGUCUCGGCAAAAUUACGUGUCAAAGAAGAGGAACGUAUUUACAUGUAUAAAAAAUAAAAACACAAACAAUAGUUAAUGAUGAAAAUAUAUAUAAUAUAUUAUAUUGUAUAUGUAUAAACUGUGUAUUCUCGUAUCAUAACUGUAAUAAUUUAAUAAAAUCAUGUAUAUUGGA